AUGUCAUCAACGCAAUCUCCCCCCUUCACACUCUUUCCCAGAUUUCCUCCAGAGAUCCAACUAACAAUCUUGAAUCUCUGCAACCGAAACGACCUCGUCUGUUUGUCCCUGACAUGCCACUACUUUCGGGCUCUCGUCACACCACUUAUCAAAUCCAAGCCUGAACUAGAAUGGGUUGACCAGCUUGGUUCAACACCUGAUGUUCCCCACGGCUGUCCUGAAGACCACUCGUCUCCUUACUACCGUUCUAAUUGCGAGGGCGUACGCGGCAGUAAUGUGUAUUACAACUCACGCAUGCACCGCUGCAAACGACACAGCACCGCUUUCCGUAUCUGCUUCAAAUGCGGCACAUACCCCCAGGACCACCCUACAUGCAAGGCACCUUUUUGCAAAAAGCACUGCCAGUGUAUUUCGUGUCCUCUCUUUAUCAGAUUACGCGGCUUCAUGGGCGAGAGGCGGUAUUGCAGCAAGUGCAGGGUAUUCACAACGAGAUAUCAAAAGCACAAGGGACGAUGUACACAUGGCGUAACAAAGGUACGCAAGGCGCCAAACAAUCACUGGACGCAUACCAAGGGGCUUUCUUACGGACGUCGUUGGUGGAGAAAAUGGGGAACAUGCACCAUCGACAGCGACGCAUAUACACCAGAUGCAAAUCGGCGGUUCAAUGCAAGAGUUGUAUGA